AAAUCAGACGAGACGCCUUCUUUAUCGCCCUCUCGCUCUCUCUCUCUCUCUCUCACAGCGCCAUGGCGGACACUCCCAUAGACAAGAUAGCAAUCUCCGGCCCAACCCUGGCCUCUCUGAUUCAACGCUUCUCCUCCUCCUCCGGCCCCCUCGACGGCCUUCUCUUCGGCCACGUUUCCCUUCUCUCCCCCUCCACCCUCUCCGACGACGACCCGUCCUCCUCCACCACUACCACCACCACCUCCACCUCCCAAACCCGAAUCGCCACCGUCACCUCCUUCAUCUCCCUCCCCUUCUCCUCCCCCUCCGGCCACCUCCUCCCCUCCUUCCCCUCCUCCCCUUCCCCCCUCGGCUGGUUCUCCGCUCGCCGCCGCUCCCCUCUCCGUCCCUCCAUGCGCGAGUUCUCCGUCUCCCAAUCCCUCUCCUCCUCUUCCACCCCCCUCUCCCCUUGCCUCUUCCUCCUCCUCGCCUCCCCCAUCCACGACCACGCCAUCCACACCCACGAGUACCGCGCGUACCAGUUCAGCGUCUCCUCCGAGUCCUUCGGUUCCAAAUCCAUCGACAUCGUCAACAUCGGCCCCGGGUUUCGCGGCCACUACGGCGCGUUCAGCCCCAACUCGCCGUUCCCGGCCUUGCCGUGCGUGGUGGGGGGCUCGGUGAUGAUUGAGGAUGAGAAGGAGGGGGAAGAGGAGGAGUUGGUGGAGCGGAGGCAGUUGGAUCUGUGCGCCGAGGGGUUCGAGGUCCGGAGAUUGAGGCGGCUGAUGGGCUCCGGGGCCGCCAAUUAUACUGCGGAGCUUGAGGAUUUGUAUGGGAAAAUGCUUGCCAAAGUCGAGAGCUUGGCGAGGCAGGUGGAGCUCAGCUCCGCUAAGGUUUUCGAGCAGGAAAAUCUCAAUAGGAAGUUGAGACACAAAGCUGCUCGGUUGGCAGGAUCAGAAUAACUGCCACAACCUGCCGUCUAGUUUUAUUCAGCGCCAGGAAAAUGCACAAUCAGAUCUUGAAGCUUUCCUGAAAAAGAUCCUGUAACCAUGGAAUUGCUGUCAAUGAUCCUGCAGUUUGAUCUUUUGGUGACCUUUGAGCUGAAGAUGGUUGAUAAUCAUGGAUCCACAGUUUAUGUCAUCUCGUUGUGGGUUUAUGGUGAUUUCUAUGAUAAGGAUUGGCGGAAUUCGGCCGUUGGGUAUAUUGUCAAGUCCUGUGUAGUAUCCUUGCUUUGUUUUGUUUUUGUCGUUGAAAUUUCUGUUUUCAUUUCAGAAAUUCAUUUUGGUUUGUAAGACAAUGAAGUGAAAUGAAAUGAAAUGAAAAUUACUGUA